AUGGAAAUGUUUAAGUGUCAAAAGGAAAAGGUUAUCCCUAUACGUGUUAUCGAUUCCUACACUUAUAUGAACACUGAUCCACCAAUUCCUACAGAUGUGAUAAAUAGUGGUCUAGAGAGAACGCUAGAUGUUGAUUCAUCACCGACCUGGGAAAUUAACGAAUUCUUUCAGGAAAUGACCUACCCAACACUUUAUCCAUGUGAUCAAGGAGGUGAACUGGAUUCAAGACGAUCUAUUCCAACGCCUUUACGGGAUAAGAAAGUCAAAAUACACAAACGAAAGAGACCGACGGACGAAAAUCGAGAGAAAGAAACGUCCAACGUAACAAAUAAUAAAACAACACAUGCUGAAGCAAAAGAAGCUUAUAUUGAGGAAGAAUUAGAUAAACAAACUAUUAAACCAGUAACAUUAUUUGAGUUCAUGGGCAAAGUUAAAAACAUGAAUUUAUGAAUAAUUGUGGCUAUCAUGAUAAGAAUUUUAAUAAAAGUUUUAAUAAAAAUAAAAAGUUAAAACUAAAAUCAAUAAUUAAAAUUACAAUUCGAUAUUUCGGCCUAUUGAUUCGGUCAUUUUUAAGUUGUUCCUCGUACAAAAAAUUCAAAAACCUUUUUCUGAUUUUUAUAUCGAUAUUUUUUUUCUUCUUCUUUCCCCUUUUUUCUGUAUUUCUUUUUUCUUUUCUUUUUUCUCUAUUUUCUUUCUAGUGAGAGCUAUAAUGUAUUUUUAUACGAUUGAACUCACUUAAAUAAAUAAAGUUUAAAUCAAUAGUUUACUUGCGAAUAGUAAAAAUCACUCUUAUGCUUCGGAAGAUUUCUAGGAAACCGUUUCAAAAACCAAAGUAUUUUCUGUUGAUUUUUAGAAUGUUUAUUCAACUGCAUAAUAUUGACCAAGGAAGAUAGAGUACAGCUUCAUAAGCUGACAUUUAGAUGGAUCUUAUCUGGUGUAUGAAUUUUUUAAUUUUACUCAAAAUAAAAAUAGACAAAAAUGGGUUAUUUAACCCAAUAUAAGUUUGUAACAGGUUUUUGAAAGUUUAUUGAAACAUAAAUGUUACCAUGAGAUUCAGUGCGGUCGGUUACUUACGUUUCCAUUAUUUUCGGAAUUACCACAUCCAAAGAAACAUUGAUUCUGGGGCUCGCAGGAAAUCUGAUACCAUGUCUGAACCAGGAAAAAUUAAGAGUUCGCUUAACCCUUUAACGGGCGAAUUUUGGAUAGCGAAGUUCUGUUGCUGCCGAUGCUGCAGUCAGGUAGGCCGUGGCUUAGACUAUCAUGCACGUUGAUCGGGUCAACAAUAUUGAGGUACUGCACGCG